AAUAAAAACAAAUUUGUUGCUUCUUUAUCAAGCCAUGCAAAGAUAUUUCUCAACUGUGGCCAAAAACUACCUAACUUCAUGCAAAAUCCUCAGCCGUCGCAACGAUAUCCGAUCAAUAUCACGCCAAUGUGACGUCUUCAUUAACCACCGUGGUGUCGACACAAAACGGAACAUCGCCGGAUUACUUUACGACCAUUUUACUAGAAUAGGGCUCCAUCCAUUCUUAGACAGCAAGAACAUGAAACCGGGGGACAAAUUGUUUGGUGAAAUUGAGGAAGGUAUUCGGAGUUGUAAGGUUGGAAUCGCGGUGUUCUCGCCGCGUUAUUGUGAAUCUUAUUUUUGUUUGCAUGAACUUGCCCUAAUGGUGGAGAACAAAAAGAAGAUCAUUCCGAUUUUUGUUGACGUUCGACCGUCUCAGCUUCGUGUUGAAUAUAGUCAUAACUGUCCUGACAAAGAGUUACAAAGGUUCAAUUGGGCACUUGGGGAAGCUAAAUAUACAGUUGGACUCACUUUCGACUCUAUUAACGGGGAUUGGUCGGAGCUGCUGAGAAAAGCUUCAAACGCCGUCGUUGAUAAUCUGAUCGACGGCGGAGGCAGAAAGAUGCCGGAUAAUUAGGCCACGUAAAUGCAUGCAGAAUCAAAUAUACAGUUUUAAUUUUUUUUUUUUUUAUUCAUUGUUUCUUAUU